GACUUUAUUUCAAAGCUCUGAUAUAUUGGUCAAGAAAACAUCGACAAAAGAAGGUGGAAGUAUAUUUUAAAUAUUCUAUAACUAUAGAAGUUAAUAUCGCAAAGAAAUCGCUAUUUCAACUUAACGCAGACAAGACAUGUAUUUAUUAGAUAGAUUGGUUAAUGGCUGCAUGGGCACUCAAUCGGUUCUUUCGUGCAUGCUGGUUAAAACGCCUUGAAGAAAUACUGCUUUUCAUUGGAAUGAGCACUUAAUUAAACGCUCGUGGCUUUAUGAAUCUUUGAAAAAGUAAAUGACAAUGUACAUGUAUUUCCAUUGACAGACUACAAUUUAGUGCAGAGGGAUGGGAUAGUUAGUUCCGGUUUAUUAAUUAACGGUUUCUUAUUGAGAUUUGCUAUAAUUGAAGUAUACUCCGUUGAUAACUUUUGAUAAUUAUUCAAGAACAUCUAGACAGACGAGAACCUACAUUUGCAACAAUAUAUAGGUCCCGCAAGGUACUGGGCGCGAGUGAACUUUGGAUGGACGCAAAAAUAUGUUGAAUUUUCUUAAUAUAACGAUGCGCACAGUUAUGUAUUGGUCAUAGAUGCGCACAGCCAUAUCGUAUGACAACGCAAGUAUAAUUUUUAAAUUAUUAGAGAUGUCACAAAGAGAAAAUAAUUUGGCAUUGUAGGAACAAUAGGCUUGAUUUAGGUGUUUGGCUUAAGUUAGGUAGGUGUUAAAGCUGAUUGUAAGUCAAGCAUUGGUCUUACAUAUCUUAUGGCCAACCUCUAGUUUUCACGCAGAUAGGCCUAAUUGAAUAAGGUUACUAUUUUAAGUGCAAUCAUGCGUAAAGAAGAGUAUUAAAGUAAGGAGAGUGAAUAUAAUAUCACAGUUUGGCGUUUGAGGAGCACAUGGACGACGGCUUCAAUUUCACGUACCGAAAUCUCACAGCCAGCCAAAUGGUCGUUUUACCUCCUGAACAAACCGCCACAGAUUGAAGAACAAACCCAGCCAGCUCCUCAAAGGCCGCAACAAGACAUGCGUAUAAUAUUUUUAAUUUUGUGUUUGUUUGUCUAUCUGGUUUGAGGCGGCCGUGGGCUGUUGGCCAAAAUUAUUUCGCUUCGUGGCACCCAUGUGGGAAAUACUUGGUUUGAGAUUUAUUUGAAAGGCAUGUAGGUACAUCACUACCAAAAAAAGUUCCCAAGCAAAAAAGUUGCCCAAUCCCGAGAAAAUGGGUGAUCAAUGAUUAUCCUCUAUUAAUGAGGCUUUACGUUCGCUUAUGUGCUUCCGUGCAGGUCAACUACUUCAAGCGUACCGUACCGAAACGUAUCAAAAACGUUUUUAAAUUUCAAAAUUUCGUGAACGUUGAUUGGUUAGUACUUCCGUAGUACGCUAAAAAGUUGACUUGCGACGAACUUUUUAUUUUGAUAAGCGAAUACACCCAGAAGUAUAUGUGAACUUAUAAGCCUCUUUUCAAUCUGGGCAUGCUCACCAAUACGUUUCGGUACGAUACGGGCGAAGUGGAAAACCGGAUUUAGAAGAAGAAUUUGAUACGUGAGCAUGAUCGUAUAUUUUCAUCAACAAGGACGCUAACCAAUCUGUAAUUGUCAAACAUUUUAAUGUUGGCAAUUAUAGUGUUUCGGAUGCGAAAAUUCGAGCGCGCUCUUUUAUUUCGGGUAAGUAGCAAUGAUCACGACAACGGACAGUAAAUGCCUCUAAUUUCCAAACUUGGAUAAUUCACCCCCAUGCCGGUAUUGACGAAGAUUUUUCUUGACUUUACAUGAUACGUCUAAUGCCUGACCUCAACAACUAUUAAUUUGUAGCACUUUACAUCCACAUUUCACCGUACUUCUUACUUGUUUUCAUAUUAUAUAUCUUGUGUUAUGUUUUUAUCACCUACCUUCAUUACAAUAUUGCGCCAUGCAUGUGAUUUUUCGUUUUUCUGGUAAUACUCUCUUUCGACUAAAUCUAUCCGAUCGGUAUAUUUUGUCACGUGAUCGUCAUCUAUUUUUCAGAUAAUUAUAUAAUUGCAUACACUGAAGCCCAGAAGUUUUAUUCUUCGCAAACAAAAAGUGUACACUUUUACCCAGCCUCCAAGAUUUCUUUGAAAUUUUUUUUAGUUUUUCAGUUUCUACCUAUUUUUAAGGAAGAAUUACUUUAACCGCAAAGACCAUUGUCUAAUUGUCAAUUAAAUUACUCUUUAAUUUUAAGAUGCAGAAGCAGAUUCUGAAGAUGAUAAAGGUUAUCUUAUUGGUAUUAUAGUGAUGGGGAUCAUUCUAGCCAUUCUACUUGUCCUUGUUGUUUAUUUUGUUUAUAAAACUCGAGCAUUAAGAGCAGCAUUGAACAGGAAGGGAACAACUAGCAACAACGGACCAAGCAAUGCAACGAUGACUGAUGGUAUUUACGAGCAGCCAGAUAAUACAACGGGGAAAACAGAAAACGAAAACUAUGAAGAAGUAGGCGAUGCUACGUAUACAGCACUCAAUAGAACUGCAAAGGAAGACGAAGAUCAUUUCUACAGUCAUCUGCAUGAGAUGCAGCAAAACGAAACUGGAGUUUAAGCUCUACAAAAUGGUAGAAACCUGUAGUGGUAAAUUUUUACAUGACAACAUAGCAAUAGCAACAAUAGCGCCACCAACACCAACAACAACGAUAACGACGACAACAACGACAAAAAAGUGAAUUGCCGCACAACCAUACUGUAUUUGCAUCAUCAAUAAUUCAAGAUAUCAAGUUGGUAGAAUAGUGUUCAUCUAGAGACACUGAAAUAAAUUAAACAAUCCAAUAACCUUUUAGACUACUUUAAAUAUAUCUCACAUUUGUGAUAACAGAGACAUAGAACUUGUGAGUUAUUUAGAUUCCUCCCUUUAUGUAAGCGAAUAUAAUAGACUGUUUUAGCAGAUCUUGACUAAAAGUACACACGAGUGAUAAAAAGCUGAAUUAUUAUAAAAGGAGAAAAACCUUUUUGUUUUCGUGGUUUUCUCUAUCGGGGAUAACACUAGUACUCGGCAUAAAUAGUAACCGUUCUUACGGAAUUACUAACUACGAAUGAAUAAUAUCACACGCAACUCGACGCUUUUUCUUACAUCACAAUA